GCGGAGGCAGCGGCGGCGGCAGUGGCGCGGGGACCAAGGUUGAAGUUCAUGAGUUCGCCCAGCCUCAGUGACCUGGGUAAGAGAGAGCCGGCCGCCGCCUCCGCGGACGAGCGGGGCACGCAGCAGCGCCGGGCCUGCGCCAACGCCACCUGGAACAGCAUCCACAACGGGGUGAUCGCCGUCUUCCAGCGCAAGGGCCUGCCCGAUCAGGAGCUUUUCAGCCUCAACGAAGGAGUCCGGCAGCUGCUGAAGACAGAGCUGGGACCCUUCUUCACGGAGUGCCUGCAGAACCAGCUGCUGACGAAAGGCAUGGUGAUCCUGAGGGACAAGAUCCGCUUCUAUGAGGGACAGAAGCUGCUGGACUCGCUGGCGGAGACGUGGGACUUCUUCUUCAGCGACGUGCUGCCCACUCUGCAGGCCAUCUUCUACCCGGUGCAGGGCAAGGAGCCAUCCGUGCGCCAGCUGGCCCUGCUGCACUUCCGGAACACCAUCACCCUCAGCGUGAAGCUGGAGGACGCGCUGGCCCGCACCCACGCCCGCGUGCCCCCGGCCAUCGUGCAGAUGCUGCUGGUGCUGCAGGGCGUGCAUGAGUCCCGGGGUGUGACCAAGGACUACCUGCGCCUGGAGACGCUGAUCCAGAAGGUGGUGUCACCCUACCUGGGCACCUACGGCCUCUACUCCAGCGAGGGCACCUUCUCGCACUCCUGCAUCCUAGAGAAGCACUUCCUGCGCCGCUCCCGCUCCGGGGACAUCCUGGCCAAGAACCCGGUGGUGCGCUCCAAGAGCUACAACACGCCGCUGCUGAACCCGGUGGCCGAGCACGAGGCGGAGGGCACAGCGGCCGGAGGCCCCGGCAUCCGCAGGCACUCCGUCUCCGAGAUGACGUCCUGCCCGGACGCGCCCGGCCAGGGCCCCGCAGGGGACUUCAUGGCCUCCCCGGGCCUCCAGUCCGGGCCCUGCCCCAGCAGACUGCAGCCCCCCGAACCCGGCCCGGCCUGCGGCUCCCUGCCCUCCUCCAGCCCCGAGAACCUGGUGGACCAGGUCCUGGAAUCCGUGGACUCGGAUUCCGAAGGCAUCUUCAUUGACUUUGGCCGGCGCAGUGGGUCUGGCACCUCGAAGUUUGAGGGGGACAGGGGGCGCCAGAGCCUCGUGUGAGGGCCUGGUGUUUUUACUGAGCCUGAGUGCGUGCCGGUGCGUGCGUGCGUGCGUGUGAGUUUUUUACUCGUCCACUCCCGGUCAGCCUCAUCCACUUUAGCCCCCGUCCCCCACUUCGUUGGAAACACCAUUUUCACCGGCCCCAGCCCAAGCACCACGCCGUUCUGGGGUGUCGGCCCGGCGUCUUCGCCUGCCGCCCACGGGGCACCGGGCGCACCGGUCAACCUCAUGUGCAUGGAAGGGCCACCACCACUCACUCCCCGCACCAGCCCGCCCAGCACGCCACAUCCACACCCGUGGAGACUAUGGAUCUGGCGUCCGGCCAGGCCCCAGAAGGACCCUUGGACCCACUGCCCCGCCCCACACACCGCAGCGUGGCCUGCGGGUGACUGUGUGCCCGACCCUCAGAGCCACCAGCCCUCACUCGGCCAGGGUGGCCCCGGGCCGGAAGAGGGUGGAAUAAAACGUGU